UGAAGGAUGGUAAAAAAGAUGAGGGACAAGUCCCCGGGUUAUGUACUCUUUCAUCCCCAGUGUGAACGGCGAUUGCGAGUGAGUAGGCAAGCCAAGAGUGGGCUCCCAACCAUAGAGUACGUCUGUGAUUAUGAAUUGAUAUAUGCGGUUGGACUACCUCAUCUGGACAGGCUCCCAUCUAGUCCAGCGGACAAAAAUUUCGUAAAUGUGGCAUGCGCUUUAUAUUUUUGGAUGUAUCGUUGACUCGAUCUUGGUGCGACCUUCUCUUCUGUGUCUUAUGGCCAUACUCGGCUCGUGUUACCCAUAUUCGAUCACUUCCUUUCAUUUCUCACUUCGGAAAGCAUUUCGGCAUUACAGUCCUGGGACAGAAAAGAUCACUACUGGAUGUUGUUCAGAUACCAGAGUCUAAGCAUCAAAUGUUCACAUCGCCCGAGUUUCCUCCGCACCGUUCUUUCUGUAUGUCUAUCGAUCAACGCUGUCUCUAAUAAUUCAGUUUUGGUAGCACUGAACCUGCAUUAUUGACUAGGGGUUCCGAUGCCAUGGCGCUCAACACCUCCGUAACUCAAUAACCUUUCUAAAUUGCAAUUUCCACUCCAAAAAUCCAUUCAUUCCCGCAUGAGUCGCCACCCUAGUGCAACGGCGAUAAAUAAAAUAGAACUCUGAG